AUGGAGUAUUCCUCCUUCCGCCUUCCCCCCCCUGGUUCCACAACUCUAUCCUCAGGAACACACGGCAUAGACCCUGAAGACGAUGCUGUAGUCACAAAUGAACUAAGCGAUACUCUCGAACCUGAGAUACCCGUAAACCAUUCAGAUGGUGAACCAGAGAUACGACUCAAUGAGACAAUGGACCCCAUUGACAAUCCUGAUCCACCCACUGAACCUCUUACGGACUUGGUUCCUCCUCAUAGAUUGAGAGGUGCAGAUAGUCCUGGCUGCAACAAAAGUAUUGAGGAGAAGUUCUGGAAUGAGAACCCCUGUCCCCAAAGUCUUCCUCCAAUUACAACAAUCUUCGAUGCCAUCCGUUCACCCACCCAGUCCAUCCAACAACAAAAGCCAACCAAAAUUUGGAAGGAAAUAAUGGAGUUGCUUCUGCCUCAAGACGCUGGAAAAAUAGUGAAUGAGAGCAAAACAAGACAUAAAGCAAGAUAUUACAAACAUAUUGCGAUCUUCCCUGAUGCAUUACCGACAGUCAAUCGCCAGUGGCUGAUACAUGGAGCAAUAAUCGAUGCCUACAUUGAGAUGCUGCAAGACCUUACAGACGAAAAGCUAUGGGAAAUCCUCAAGACUACUUGCCCCUGUGUGAUCAUGUUUCCUACUCAGUGUGAAGGAAUGAGGCAUUGUAUGGCAGUUCACCUGUUGGAUCGAGCCACAAAGAAGGUCCAAACUGAUUUGAUGCAAGCGCUGGGACAAUUCCAUGCUACUCAAGGAAGUGCAGUCACUGGCUGCUUGGCAUUGUAA